AUGUUGACGAAUGGUGAAGCAAGUGUGGAAGCAUAUGCAGAACCCUCGGGUCCCUAUUUCCCUGGCCAGUCAAUCAUUAUGCACUGUAAAGUCACUGGAGAUACAACUAAAUUCUGCACCUGGAGACCCCCAAAUGGAUCAUCCUUCGUGCCGGGCUCAUUCCCUAACUUUUAUGAAAGUGUGAGCAGCGGUAGUACGGAAGAGUGCACUUUCAGAAUCAAGAGUGCCAGUGACUUCGAGAGUGGGAAAUGGACUUGCAUCCCCUUCUUGAGUGGUGGCGAUUCGAAAAGUAGCGACCCUAUUGAUAUUCUUGUAGCACGACCGCCGGAAUCUAUUGAGGUGUCUGAAGUUCGAAAGGAUGCUUACCACGAAAUCCUUCAGGCUCAAAAUGCAGUCAACUUCACUUGUGAGGUGAAGGGCAUUCGCCCUGAAGUCGAGAGCAUCCAAUGGUACAUUGUGAGGGAAGAUGGGAGUGAAGAACAUUUGACGCCGUCUCACCCAGAGCUCCUCCACACCAAAACUUUUGUCUCAGCUGACUUUACCUCUUACCCAGGAAUGCAGAAUCAAGGAGUGCAGCAGAUGAUGGUCUAUAAUGUAAAUGCCACCUUGAGUCAUGUCUUCUCUCCUCUGGACAAUGGGAGAAAGUUGGUUUGCCGUGUGACUCACAUGCUGCUUCAUCCUGCCAAUAAUUCUGCAUCUGCUAAAUUGGAAGUACAAUAUGUCCCAGUGGUGCAUAUGGAUGACUGGAAGACAAAGAACUUCGACCCCCAUGGAAAUAAGUUUUAUCUACCACCAGGCACAAAAGGAGAGAUCACUGUCUAUUUUCUUGCCAAUCCACCUAUCUCUGCUCCACAAAGGGAGGUUCAGUGGAUCAUUCGCAAUGACAUUACCUUGAAUAGUGGGCAAGAAGAGGGGAAGGUCAAGGCUGGUCCUGUCACUCAUGUUCCGGGUGCAAGGAAUGAUCUGUAUGAGACCACAUUGACUAUUGACCCAGUGGGCCGUGAAGAUGCAACUGAUGGAUACAUUCUUCGACUUUACUCCUCCUCUGUUUCCCCAAAUGCACAAGAGCCAUUCACAGAGUUUAAAUUUAGGGUUGAACUUGGGGACAGACCCCCUGCAGCUGGCAUGGAUGCAGGAGUGAUUGCAGGAGUGGUGAUAGCCGUGAUUGCUUUGGCAAUUGUCAUUAUAUUGGUGGUCAUAGCACGUGUAAAGGGGCUGUUCUGCUUUGCAGGUAAGGCACUACUGCUUGAACUUUGCAUGCUUGGUCUUAUUUUUCUGACUUCUCAG